CUGUAUUGAGAGUGAAAUAUUCUUUUGGAGUGUAAGUGAAAAGGUAUAUACUUUAAAUAGUAAGUAAGUUCCAUUCAUUUGUUAUUAAAAUGUUUUCUAACCUUAUCUUGCUGUUUUUAAUAGCCUUUUCUUCCUCUUGCAAAUUUGGAGUGUUCACCAAACAUCGAAACUUUCCUUUGCAAAGCUUUUGUACCAGCCUGCACAGAACAAAUUAACGUGGUUCCACCUUGUCGUAACUUUUGUGAGAAAGUAUAUUCUGAUUGCAAAAAAUUAAUCGACACUUUUGGUAUGCGAUGGCCUGAGGAACUUGAAUGUGACAGAUUGCAAUACUGUGAUGAGACCGUUCCUGUAACUUUUGAUCCACACACACAGUUUCUUGGUCCUCAGAAGAAAACAGAGGAAGUUCAAAGAGACAUUGGAUUUUGGUGUCCAAGGCACCUUAAGACUUCCGGGGGACAAGGCUAUAAGUUUCUGGGAAUUGACCAGUGCGCACCUCCAUGCCCUAACAUGUAUUUUAAAAGUGAUGAGCUAGAGUUUGCAAAAAGUUUUAUCGGGAUAGUUUCAAUAUUUUGUCUUUGUGCAACUCUGUUCACAUUCCUUACUUUCUUAAUUGAUGUUAAAAGAUUCAGAUACCCAGAGAGACCAAUUAUAUAUUACUCUGUCUGCUACAGCAUCGUGUCCCUGAUGUACUUUAUCGGAUUCUUGUUAGGUGACCGCACAGCGUGCAACAAAGCAGAUGAGAAGCUAGAACUCGGGGACACCGUCGUUCUGGGCUCUCAGAAUAAGGCUUGCACUGUUCUGUUUAUGUUUUUGUAUUUUUUCACAAUGGCCGGCACAGUGUGGUGGGUGAUUCUUACCAUCACGUGGUUCCUGGCGGCAGGAAGAAAAUGGAGUUGUGAAGCCAUUGAACAAAAAGCGGUAUGGUUUCAUGCUGUUGCGUGGGGAAUACCGGGUUUUCUGACCGUUAUGCUUCUUGCUAUGAACAAAGUUGAAGGAGACAACAUUAGUGGCGUUUGCUUCGUCGGUCUUUAUGACCUGGAUGCUUCCCGCUACUUUGUGCUCCUGCCACUUUGCCUUUGUGUGUUUGUCGGACUGUCUCUUCUUUUAGCUGGCAUUAUUUCCUUAAAUCACGUUCGGCAAGUUAUCCAGCAUGAUGGCCGGAACCAAGAGAAACUAAAGAAAUUUAUGAUUCGAAUUGGGGUCUUUAGUGGCCUGUAUCUUGUGCCCCUGGUGACACUUCUAGGAUGCUACGUCUAUGAGCAAGUGAACAGGAUCACCUGGGAGAUAACCUGGGUCUCCGACCACUGUCGUCAGUACCACAUCCCAUGUCCUUAUCAGGCAAAAACAGAAACUCGACCAGAACUGGCUUUAUUUAUGAUAAAAUAUCUGAUGACAUUAAUUGUUGGCAUCUCUGCCGUCUUCUGGGUUGGAAGCAAAAAGACAUGCACGGAAUGGGCUGGGUUUUUUAAACGAAAUCGUAAGAGAGAGUAAGAAGCUAUUGAAUUAUCUGAUGUUGUUUUAAAUUAAAUAGAACAAAAACCAAGGAACUAUUCAAGUCAUUAUCGUACUUUCGUAUGUCAACUGUUAGGUCAAAUUUGGAAAUCUUUUUCCUGGGGAAAUAUACUUUAUUUUGUUUGGCAUUCAUUAAAAUAGUCUUUGACCUAUACUAUUCUCUUGAAAUAUGAAUGAAAGUUUUGUAAAGUGUUUAUUUUCUUUACACAGCUUAUAUUUAAUAUUAUCACUGCUAUCACUGGAUUCAUUAUUUUGGGUGCAGCAUUUUAAAUUUUAAUUAUCAGUGAUAAAAGAUUAAAUGGGAUCAAAUAUAUGUAAGGAAAUCUAUAGAGUAUGAUUCAAAUAUAUUGUAUGAUCAUUGUUUACUACCUUUAAAUUU